UGACCUCUUUCACCUUCUGAACCUUCAGGUAUGGGAAAGAGAAAGUUUGAGGGCAUCAGUUGCUCCAGGCCAAGGACGCCUAGAUUCCCGAUAACUUCAUGCCGCCUGGAUGGCUCUAAGGAGCAUGGCUUCGUCUACCUGCCUGGUUCAAGUUCUGUUGAGGUACCUGGAACUGGGCCAUCUCAGCAGCCAGAAGCAUACUUGCCACCACCUGCUGAUCCGGUUGAGCUGGACCAACCUACAACUGCAUCAGUCUCAUCAAAUAGAUAUAGAGCAGAGAAAGAGAAAGAGCUGGCCAAGUGGGAGGAGCUGAGAGAUCGUCUCCUGGAAACAGCCACACAGAUGGCGGCACCAGCCAGCUACUUGUGUUCCAUCUGCAGCAAAGAGGAAAGUUCCCCCAUAAGCUGCGAGGAGUGUGGCCCAACUGUAACCUAUUGCCCGGAGUGCUGUGUGAAAUGUCACAGCACUCCAUCACAUCACCCAAAGCAAUGGCUGGAGGACUAUUACCAGUAUGAACCUUUUGAACCUACCACCUCUGAGAACAUCAUCCUAGAGAGACCAGACCACAAGGACUGUGCUAACAGAAUACUGAAGCCCUUCAAUGUUUUCGACAGCACAGGUCGACACUCCUUCUGGAGAGUUUAUGUAUGCUCCCACGAGGAAGAGGCCUGCACCCUUCUUCGCUUUGGGCUGUGGGCAGCCAGCGCUGAUAGACCCCAAACGGCAUUUUCGACAUCUUUGCUAGAGUGGCUAACUGCACUGACGUUGGAGUGUCAAGUGUCUGUGCUAGGGUUUUGUAACGCCUUGCGGUGGAGGCAUAAUCUUUCAGUACCUGAGGUAAACCUUUUGUACAAGGCGUUGAUUGGGGAACCAAUGGCAGAGUUCCACCACUACAUACAUAGGAAGAGGACUCUGCAGCAUCUUUGCUCACAAGCAGGCAGUGGGACUGAAUGCCCUGCCUGUCCAAAGGAUGAUGGGAAUCUGAUGGUGUCGCUUGAUGCGAACUUCGGCCUUGUGCGAAAAAGGACCGCAGGUAGCAGUUCAAGAGCACCGCUGCACAAGGACCUUUACUUCCUUGACGAUGCCGCUGUACAGGACUUCAUGUCCACCUACUCAGAGGAAGUUAAACCAGAUGAGGAUUGCAACAACUUUAAGGCUGGCAGCUCAGUCCGGUCUAAAGGGAGACAGGAAAAACUGCAUGUAACAGGGGUUUUCGGGGCGGUAUGUCGCCACAGCAUGCCAUUGAAAUUCCUCAAUAUGCAUCACGGUGAAAGGCUGGGAUAUCCUGUAUACAUGAUACAGCAGCUUCUGUCGUCAGUCCAACCAGGGACUAAUGUAAAACUGCUUGUCAUGUAUGACAUCGCAUGCAUCAUGACAUCUCAUCUACGUAAUGCAGGUAUGGAUGAAAUGUUGGACAGCGUCAAAUUUGCCAUUCCGAUAUUUCACUGCUAUGGACAUAAGGCUUCUUGUCAGGUCCUCUACAGCCCUAGACGCUUGGAGGGAUUUGGCCUGACUGAUGGGGAAUGUGUUGAGAGGCUGUGGUCAUUCCUGCGGAGAUUUAGCUCGAUUACCAAAGAAAUGACCCCCAGUCACCGCACAGACCUCCUGACAGAUGCUUUGCUACAUUAUGCCAGGAGGAAAGUUUCAGAUAUGCCCAUGAGCAUCAUGCAGUCGUUUGACAAGGCUGUGGCAACACACAACAUGGCAGAAAAUGAAAUUGCAACUCUUCUGAACCAGUCUCAAGUGGCAGUGACUGAAGAGGAUGUGGAGAUGUGGAGACAAGCUGAGAUCGACACCAUCACUGCAAGAAAUAAAGAAAAGCCAAGCUCCACAGUGAGACAAUGGAAGAAGGCAUAUGUCUUAAACUUGUCUGCCUUUGUAUCAUUAAGAGAGGAGAUUCAGUCUUGCAGAGAUGGAAGUCUUCGUACAGCACUGUUGGCUCGCUACAGGGAAUUGGAGAAAAAGCUCACUGACACAGAGGGCAUUAGGGGCAUCAGUCGCUGGAAAGAGGAUAGUGAAGAGUACAGGGCAACGAUCCUCCAUGUUGACACGGAGGAGAGAAAGCUGGUCUUGGAAAAGCUGUGGAGGGAAGCGUCGGAGAGAACCUUCUUGUUGUCUUUGAAGAGGAAAUAUCCAGAUGGGCAGGCUAUAGCUACCAAGUUGUCCCGGCAAAUCAAAACCAUCAACAAUAAGAUUCAGAAGUCCAUCAAGAAAUACCAGAACAUUGCAAGAACUCCCCAGGACCCCAUCAGAUUCCCUCAGACGAUUGACUUUGUGGAUGCCUGCAACCCAACAUGGCAGUAUUACUCACAAUUAGAUGUGUUGGCAGAAGGAGACAUUCCACGGUCACUGAGAAGGCAAGCAAUUGAUGCCCUUUGCCUUAAGAAGAGGGCUGAGGAGGAGAAAGGCUUAGCGCUGAAGGAGAUGCAGCAGUUCGUUGUGACUAAGAUAAAGGAACAUGCUAUAUUGUUAGAGUCCAUACAGUCAUUCAAAACUGUUGCCAAUCUUGGUGCCAUAUCGCUGCUCAUGUCCAAGCUUGACAACGUACAAACAGAGCUUCUGUUUGCGCACACUCUGUUUAGCAGUAGAAACAUCAGUGGCCUCAUGCUCCCUGAUCUUCCUCCAAGAGAUUCUGCACAUGUCUCCUCAGCUGUCAGUGUCAGUGUGGAAGAUAUUAAUGGAAUGAAAGAUUUGAACAUGACAGAAGAUGGUGUAGAAUCAGAUGAUGAAGAUGAGGAGGAGGAUGCAGAAGCUAUCUUACGCAGGUUUAUCAUUGUUGAAGAAUCAGAAAGCUCAUAUAGCACAUGGUGAGUGUAUGGUGAGUUUAUGGUUUAUGUGCCUGGUAACAUAUGAAUGCAGACAUUUGUAGAAAAAGCUGAAUCCUGUAUAAUGUUAAUAUUGAUUUUGUUCCAUUUAUCUUUGAUCUUAUCAAUUUAGAUUUGUCAUGUCAAUUGUACAAGUUUAAGAGAACUUACGACGUAGGACAUAGCUACGUUGACUUUAAAUGCUUUUCUAAAAAUGGAGUGGGUGGCAGUAAUAGGUAUGCUAUUAAUAACUGCAAGUGUUCUUCGAAGCAUGAAAGAUUGAACAAGUUAGCAGAGCACUUUCUAAUGUUCUGUGUUCUAUCAAAUAUUAUAUUUAACUUAGCUUUAGAUUCUAAGUUGGCUACAAGGAACAGUGUUACUUAGUGUAAUUGUAGAUGUGUGUUUCAGAUGCGAUACUUUUAGGUACAUGUAUAUGAGCAAUUCCUGAUGAAUUGAUUUUCAAAAAAAUAAUCUCAUGUUCCUGUUGUAGUCCUUUUCAGCUUAAACUGUACUGACAUGUGUGAGAGAUGUCCGUGUCAGAGACCUAUGUUUGAGACCUAGUGUGAGUCUUUGGAAUUGCAAAGCUGACUCAAUUACAUGAUGAUGGUGAUAAUAAGGACAGAAAAUUGAUAGUUUAAGCUUUUAUUUGGACUUGCUUCAUUUUUUCCGUAUCAGUUCAUUACAUAACUGUAAUUAAUGAAUUUUCAUGUUUUUACAUAUGUACACAAAAAUAGUUGCAAACAUAAAGGUGAAAUUGUAUACAAAAAGACUUAAACUUGUGUUUUUUUCCAAAUAUUUGAUCGCUUUUGCCAUCAGCGCACAUGAGAUGACAGCAGAUGAGAAGCUGAUUAUGCAAUGGAUUACCUGCUUCUACCUGCAGAUGGCAGAGUUAUAAUGAACACUAACCAAGUCCCAAUUUCUUCAACAUGCAUAAACAAUGAGUCUGUAAAAAGAUAAACAGCUAGUAGAACUCGAAGCGUGCCUUUCUGUGAUGCACUGUGGUACUAUGGCAUUUAUUAUGACUCAGAUGUAACGUUAGAUGCUUUGAAAUCAUAGCUCUUUGGACUGUAGAUGUAAUUGUCAUGUUGAAGCUAAUAUGUAGCAUGCAGUAUCCUAGAUGCAAUGUUGUGAGCAACCAUUUUGGAUAUCCAUAUCUACAAAUAGCUUGCAAUCAUAUAUUUCAUGACUAUAUGUAUGCUGUCAGUAACUGUAAGUCCCUGAGGCAUGACUGAUUGAACAAGGAAGCAGAGCACUUUCUGAUGUUCGGAUUCUGUGUUUUAUCAAAAUUCCAUUGAAUAAGUAGCUAUGGAGAGGGAUGAAUUAAUUGUGUGUUAAAGAUGCUCUCCAGGAAAUGUUUAGGUAUAUAAUGUGAUGGGACCUGGUGUGUAUCCUGCUAUGCAAUGCUGACUUAAAGUGUUAAUGACACCAAUGACAGCAAUGUAUAACAUUUUGGUGAUUGUAAUCCAUUGAGAUAGAAUUAGUGCCAACACAGGACAACAUCCAGUUGUGCAUUGUAUAUAAAGGUAUGAACAAGUUGGCCUCUAUUUUGCAGGUAGACAGUUAUUGAUUUAGAUCCAUUUUGUCAAGCUUUAUUUUGCUGCAGUCAAAUCAUCAAGAAAUAAACAGUGGUCUUUGGGAAAAAAUCUGCUUCUGAGGUCCAUGAUUUUUAGGGCAGUUCAGCAGCCAUCAUCAUUCAUAUUUUUGAGUGAAGGGUAAAUCAGUUGCUUCUUUAAGUUACCAUGGUGACGUAAGGUUAUUUACAGUACUGAAAAGAAAGCCUACCAUAUG